AUGAACAGCAGUUCACCUGACAGCUAAUGACAUCAUCCCUCAGCCAGCGAAUCAGAGCUGGGCUGUUGGCUCUGCUGUGAUCUGGUCCGAAGCCAGUUCUCCUGCUGUGGGGCUGAACUGGGAUCAGGUGUCUAUAUUUACCUGAGAUUAACAGCACAGACGGCAGCUCGUCGCUCACAUUUCAGUCUGGCGUCAUGUCUGCGAGCAGCUCGGCGGCCGGCAGCCCCCCCUGGAGGAACCACAGUUUCAUCCUGGGGGGAGGCAGAGACCCUCCUUUGUCUGACCAGGGCGAGACCAUCAUUGGAGUUUACCUGCUGCUGCUGGGUUGGCUGUCUUGGUUUGGAAACAGCAUCGUCCUCUUCGUCCUGUACAGACAGAGAGCCACCCUGCAGCCCACUGACUACCUGACCCUUAACUUGGCCAUCUCUGAUGCCAGCAUCUCCGUGUUCGGAUACUCCAGAGGCAUCAUUGAGAUCUUCAAUGUCUUCCAGGACAGUGGCUACCUCAUCUCCUCCAUCUGGACCUGCCAGGUGGACGGCUUUUUCACGCUGGUGUUUGGUCUGAGCAGCAUCAACACCCUGACGGUGAUCAGCAUCACCCGCUACAUCAAAGGAUGCCACCCGAGCAGAGCCCGUCACAUUAACAGGACCAGCGUGUCCCUCUGUCUGCUGCUCAUCUGGAUCACAGCUGGAUUCUGGUCUGGAGCACCGCUGCUCGGCUGGGGGAGCUACACAGAUCGUGGCUAUGGAACAUGUGAGAUUGACUGGGCCAAAGCGACCUACUCAAGCACCCACAGGUCCUACAUUAUCUCCAUCCUCAUCUCCUGCUUCUUCAUCCCGGUGCUCAUCAUGCUCUUCUGCUACAUCUCCAUCAUCAACACGGUGAAGAGAGGAAACGCUCUGUCAGCAGAGGGAGACCUCACUGACCGGCAGAGGAAGAUCGAAAGAGACGUCACCAUCGUUUCCAUAGUUAUCUGUACAGCCUUCAUCCUGGCGUGGUCUCCAUACGCUGUGGUGUCCAUGUGGUCUGCCUGGGGCUUCCAUGUCCCUAACCUCACCAGCAUCUUCACCCGCCUCUUUGCCAAGUCUGCCAGCUUCUACAACCCCCUCAUCUACUUUGGACUCAGCUCCAAGUUUCGCAAAGAUGUGGCUGUCCUACUACCGUGUACCCAUGACGCCAAAGACAGCGUCAAGCUGAAGCGUUUCAAGCCAAAGGCCGAUCCCCACGGUCGUCCUGCUGCUGGAGGUGGGGCCAGACUCAAAGUUCCUCUGAACCGGACAGAGAAAAAGCAUUCGCCAGAGAACCAGCUUCACCCAAUCCCUAGCCCAGACUGUGGGAUAGAAAGCCCACCCCACACGCCACCACCUGUCAACAAGGAGGUGUUCUACAUUGACAUGCCUCAUCCCUCUGAGACCGGGCCUGAGUCUGAAUGUGAGAGACUCUGAACUGGACUGGAGGAGGACCUGAUGGAGCAUGACAUGAUGACCAAACUAGAGCUGUUCCAGUAUCAUGUUUUCUUUCUGAUAUGAUUCUGAUGCCUUUCAGUAUUGAGUGUACAUAGAAAAGUCAUUUACUAGCAGUUACUCACCCUGUGAUGUGAUUGUAGUAUGACCCGGUUCAGGUUAAGGCUGGGGGUUUCAUUUGUCUUAGAAGCUUUUUUUGUUAUAUUUGGUGAAAAUCUUUUAACAUCCUGACAGUAAUUCAUUAAAGUCUACUGCUACCUGUGGCUGUUACAGGUCUGUACCUGUCCCGUCUUUUCAUUAGGUCUGCCUGUCCAACCAGGUGUCCAUGACCAGUCCAGGGUGAACUCGGCCUAUCCCCUGUAGCCCACCCUGUCAGCUGGAAUCGGCUCCAGCCGCCAUAAGCGGCAUAGAAAAUGGAUGGAUGGUGUUGUCAGAUAUUUUCUUACCUGUGAAUGAGACACGAGGCAGUUAGCAACAACAACAAGCUGUGACAGAAUGUCACAGAACUUCCUCUUCCUGUUUGAC